AUGGGCUCGCGCAUCAGGGAAAACCCCCAGAAAAUAUUUGACUUGUUCUUUGAAGCUGCCUGCCCGACGCCAGCGGAGUAUGAUUCCCAAGUGCUUAGGCAGUUCCCUCUGGAGUUCGAUGACCAGGAGUCAAUUCAAAUGCUUCCCAAGUUUUGCUUCCCUUUUGACAUUGAGAGGGUUAAGGAGAGUCCCGCAGUCCAGCACUUCACGUUUGCGCUCACUGACCUGGAAGGGAAGCAGCGCUUUGGCUUCUGCCGACUGGCCAAGGGCUUCCGCACCUGCCUGUGCAUCCUCAGUUACUUACCCUGGUUUGAAGUUUUCUACAAGAUCCUCAAUAACAUCGCUGACCACUUAGCCAAACAGCAGUUCACCGAGCUGGACGAAUUUUUAUCCAUGCUGUAUCUUCACCCUGUGCCACAGUUCAACAGCCCCGUCAGCCUGGAAUUUGACCCAAAGGUGACCCAAUUGAAAAUUACCACUGGGAAGGAUCUGAACACACAACCCCAAGACUGGAGCCAAGAUCUGAACUCUGGGUCAGCAUCGGCUUCCUACUUCAUUGGGCCUGAUCACAGCAAACUGCCCACAAUCCCAGAAAGCAGGAACCUCACCGAGUUCGUUGUGGCUGUGGAUGUGAACAACAUGCUGUGGCUCUACGCAAGCCUGCUCCACGAGAGACGGAUCCUGCUCACCUCCAGCAAGCUCAGCACGUUAACUGCCUGUGUGCAGGCCUCCGCCGCCAUGCUGUAUCCCAUGAACUGGCAACACAUCUACAUCCCGGCGCUGCCCGCACACCUCCUGGACUACUGCUGUGCCCCUAUGCCUUACCUCAUCGGAGUCCACACCAGCCUCAUGGAGAGAGUGAGGAGCAAAGCCCUUGACGAUGUCGUCAUUCUGAACAUUGACAGCAACACAUUUGAAUCGCCCUUCCAGGACCUAGAAAACCUCCCAAGUGACGUGGUCUCCUUCCUGAAGUACCAGUUGAAGAAACAGUCGGCAACUACCGGGGACGGAGUCGCCCGAGCUUUCCUCCGGGCCCAGGCACUUUUGUUUGGCAGCUACCGCCAGGCACUGCUUUAUGAACUGGGGCAGCCCAUCUCCUUUUGUCAAGACAGCUUCCUGAAGCACGGGUCCAGCUCCACCCAGACCUUUCUGCAGCGGGCCACGCACUUGCAGCUCUUCAAGCAGUUCAUCGAUGAGCGAUUGGAGAAACUGAACGCAGGAGAAGACUUCUCCGACCUCUUUGAGCAGGAGAUCAAUAGAAGCCUCUCCCCAGGCAACGUGCAUUCCUAUCAGCUGUGGGUGAAGAACUUGAAGAAAGGUGGAGGAGCCCUGAUCAGUACGGUGAAAAACAAGGCCAAUCCCGCUGUCCGGAGCGCAUACCAAUAUGCCAAAGGCCAAGCUAAAAUGGGGCUGAGGAAUAUGCGAAGCCACCGGAUGGAAAAGGAUUCCGGUAUGGAUCAGCACCAACAGGGAGGUGGUUACUACGAUCAGAUCUCGAGCCCCGCCCAGCCUUCCAGGAACAAACAGUCCGAGAGCUUGCAAAGCCGGCUGCCCAUCACUCAGCACUUUGGGAAGUCUCGUCCUCGGCGGCCGCAAAAACAGACCAGCGCCUCAGAACUGCCGGACCAAAGCACAGCUCCCCUACAUUUCCCCUUGGAGCCUGACACCUUCACUGCUGGAGGCGAAGAUUUGGACCCAGGGUUCCUAGAUCCCGGUGGGCUCGACCUCUUGGGAGAGAUCUUCGAGACGCUGAACUUCUUGGAGCCCAGUCAAUCCGGGCGGCCUCUUUUCGGAACACGCAGCUUGGACUUUUCCAGCCUGGAGGACAGGAACUUUUAUGCAAAGCUGAGACCCAGCGAGGAGACCCUCCAUGAAACGCUGUCCGAGGAACAGGACGAUGGGAGCUCUUCGCUCGAGGACGCCCUGCCCCUGGAAUCUCUCGAGAAAGAGAAUACGCAGGGCGCUUUGCUGCCAUCCGCCAUAACUGCCUCCAGAGGUAACAGCAUCUGUGAGAUCCAGGACAGUCCUGGCUUUGAGGAGGUAGAAAUUCUGCUGCAGGAGGAAGCGGAAGAGGCAACGGCUCCUUCGGAGUCUGAGCUGUCCCAAGACGCACAGACCCACGACGCCAAACCCGAAUCUUCCACUCCGCGGGGAAAUGAAACACAAUUCUGCAGAUGGGAGGAGGCUGGACAGCCAUUUGGGGUUGGUCAGACACUCGACUCCCUAGCAGCCGCCCCCCUCCCAAAGACACAGCUGGCCGUACCCCGGGGCUCUGAGGUUGAAUCCUCUGCCGCAGCGCUUGAGGCAAAACGCAACGCGAGCACGGGCUUUGCGGCACAGGAGGCUGCCUUAACCAUUGGGCUGGCCGCCAGCCCUCCUCACCCUUCGGUUCCCAGGACUUUGACCCAAACCAGGGUGUCUGAACUGAAGAAGAGAUUCGAGGCCUAG